GUGGGAGCCUUGGGCCACAGUGUAUCAGACUGACCUCUGGAAGGGCUAGAGACUAAAGUCAGUCACACAGAUGUCAAUCUUGUCUAUGUGACCAAGUUCAAUAGAGUCUCUGGAUAGCAAGACUCAGGUUCAGCUUGCAUGAUGUCAGGAGUUCCGGGAGCCAAAAUAGCGUGGGGGCAUGGAUCCAAUAUUGACUCAUAUUGAAUGGAAGAAAUCUACGCCGAAGUCUGGAUGAGAUAAUUUAGUUGUGAGUGCUAGGAUGUGACUGCUGAUGACAGAGGAAAAGGGCAACCAAGGUAAUGCAGGUGAUUCAGAUGUAGCAGAUAAUGGAACUCUUUUCUUAGACAUUUUGAGGACUUGGAGAGAGGAGGGUGACAGAAAAAUAAUGCAGAGCCAGAUUAUCUCCUUUUACUUCAAACUUUUUAAAAACUUUAAAGACAACCAGAGCAUCCAAAAGAGUAUGGAGACCAUCAAGGAAGACAUGAAUGUCAAGUUUUUCAAUAGCAACAAAAGGAAACAGGAUGACUUUGAAAGGCUGACUAAUUAUUCGGUAAACGACUUGAAUGUCCAGCGCAAAGCAAUACAUGAACUCAUCCAAGUGAUGGCUGAACUGUCACCAGCACCUAAAAUAGGGAAGCGAAAAAGGAGUCAGACGCUGUUUCGAGGUCGAAGAGCGUCCCAAUAAUGGUUGUCCUGCCUGCAAUAUUUGAAUUUUAAAUCUAAAUCUAUUUAUUAAUAUUUAACAUUAUUUAUAUGGGGAAUAUAUUUUUAGACUCAUCAAUUGAAGAAGUAUUUAUAAUAGCAACUUUUGCGUAAUGAAAAUGAAUAUCUAUUAAUAUGUGUAUUAUUUAUAAUUCCUGUAUCCUGUGACUGUUUCACUUAAUCCUUUGUUUCCUGACUAAUUAGGCAAGGCUAUGUGAUUACAAGGCUUUAUCUCAGGGGCCAGCUAGGCAGCCAACCUAAGCAAGAUCCUGUGGGUUGUGUGUUUAUUUUACUUGAUGAUACAAUGAACACUUAUAAGUGAAAUGAUACCAUCCAGUUACUGUCUGUAGGAAAAUAUGCCUGCAUUCUGAGCCACUGCUUUAAUAGCAUGUCAGACAGAACUUGAAUGUGUCAGGUGACCCUGAUGAAAACAUAGCAUCUCAGGAGAUUUCCUGCCUGCUGCUUCCAAAUAUUGUUGACAACUGUGACUGUACCCAAAUGGAAAGUAACUUAUUUGUUAAGAUUAUCAACAUCUAAUAUAUAUGAAUAAAGUGUUAAGUUCAUAACUA